AUGAAUCAAGACGAAUCUAACCUUUCUCAACUGUCACAGUCAUUUGUUUCAAAACAACAAAACAAGCGAAGUAAUUUUCAGUUUACAUACGAUUCCGAAAACUAUUUGUUAUCACUAAUACACAAAUACAAGGAAGAUAUAUUCACAAGAGGGAACCGAAUCAAAACUUGGGAAUCCGUUUUAUCUGAAUUCAAUGAUGAGUACAACGCCAAAAUUAUACAAAGUCGUACGAUAAACCAUCGUUUCCAAACAUUGAGAAAGAAUUUGGAGAACAAACUUGUUCAUGAACAUCAGCCAAUACAACAGAUGAAUCUUAAUGAAAAUGAAAAGUUAUUGAUUGAUAUCAUGGAUUACAUGUACAAGAAUAAUUACACUUCAACGAAUCCUUUUUCGUUGGGCACAGGUGACGUGGCGAGUUUUCUAGCGACACGGUCAUCAACUGAUUCACGUGGUCUGGAUCAUUCUGAUAGAGCAGCUACUGCUGCUCCUGCAACCGCUGCAACCGCUGCUGCUGGUUAUAAACCUAGGAGCAAGGGUGGUUAUACAACAGGCACUUCAAAUAGCUCUCUUCCAUCAUCAAUGUUAACGGGAUCGCAUCAAGAGAACCGUGAUUCAAGUGACUACUCCAGUGCUGAGCUAUUAUCAAACCAUGCUCAAUCUGUUGAAAAUCAUAGUAUGCUAGGAGAAGGCCCGCUAUCGUACAACAAUAGAGCAAGUCAAAUAAGGAACCCUUACGUCUUGCUGCAUGAAGUUGCAGCUGCCCAACAAUUACAGCAAAACUUGUACCAACAGCAGCCGUUGUUUCCCCAAGAACAACCGCUGGAGACCCACCAGUUAAACGUGGCAUCUGAAGCUAUUCAACCGGGACAUUCACUGGGGAUGUUUGAUGGCCUACAACAACAAAAUCCUCGUCAAAAUCUUCAGCAGCAACAACAAGGUCUACAGCCAGGCACAAUCGGACCUCACUCCAACUUCUCACAACAUGCAUUGUUUUCCCCAACAGUUGAAGAGCCCUCAAGCGCAUUCAAAACUCCGUACUUGAAGUCGACGAGCUCGAGUAACCCUUCCUCGGCCAUUUCACCUCAACAAACAACUAAUCUGGCACGUACAAGGGCUAGGCAUAUGUCCAUUACAACUCCACAAUUUGAGCAUGCGACCUACGAGCCAAAUCAGUACUCGUCACAGCCGAAUUUUCAACCACCAGCACGUCUAGAUAACAAGCUGCUAUCUGAGCCAUACCUGACGAGUGAAGAAUCGUCGCAAUUACAACAACAACAACAACAACAACAACAACAACAACAACAACAACAACAACAACAACAACAACAACAACAACAACAACAACAACAACAACAACAACAACAGCCACAACAGCCACAACUGCAACAACAAUCACAAAGCUUGACACAACCUCAACAAAUUCGAGCACUUAUACAACAACUGGUUCAAGCACAGAAUGCAACACAAGCAGUACUCAAACAGAUUUUAGCACUGCAGUCUCAGUAUAAGUCAGAUAUAUCAUCGAUGAAAGAGGAGAUCAAGAAUCUACGAGCAGAAACGGCAGAUAAAAUGGAUCAAAUAUUGAAUCAUUUGAAUAGCAAUUUACAACUGGGUGAAGCUGCAUCAACAGCAACAGGUCUGUCCAUUAAACAACACCACAUACACCACCACAAACACCGCUCUUUGCCUUCCAAUCAGCCGAAGGAGCCACAACAACAACUAAGUCACGAGCAAGAGAAUGUCAUGUCCAGUUCAAGCGAUGAAGAUAUGCUGCUGUUUGAGAGACCUCAACUGUCCCACUCCGGAUGA